AUGACGAUUUUAUACUGGAAUGCGAGGGGUAUGGGGAGGAUCUCCUUUCUGAGAAACAUCAACCUCCUUAUUCAGCAACAUCAGCCGAAUGUUAUAGUCAUCUCUGAAACCCGUAUUAGCCGAACCAAUACCCAAGAGAUUGUCAAUAAGCUGACCUAUGAUGAGUGGAUGAUGGUGGAACCAGCAAGGUACGCUGGUGGGAUUGUCGUUCUUUGGCGUUCGAGGUAUGUUAGCUUCGAACCGAUCAAAGUUGGACCACAGGGAAUACACGGUAUCCUACAGGUAUUAUCCUCCCACAAAUUAUUUUUUGUUUCAUUUAUUUAUGCUAGUCCUAAAUUCCGUGUCCGUAAAGAAUUGUGGAAUGUGUUUGAAUUGCUUGCUGGUAUUAUGGAUCUACCUUGGUGUAUUAUUGGGGAUUUUAAUGAGGUAGUGAUUGCUCAUGAAAAGUUUGGGGGUUGGCCUAUAAAAGAGCAUCGUGCAAAUCUGUUGCUUAACUGUAUGAGGUCCUGUGGUAUGCUUGAUUUAGGUUUCACUGGUCAGAAAUUUACUUGGACUAAUAAAAUACGUACUGGACCAAUUAUGGAAAGAUUAGAUAGGGCUUGGACCACCGUGGACUGGCUCAAUAUGUUUCCCUCUGCCUUUUUGAAAGUGCUCCCUAGAUUAACCUCAGACCACUGCCCCAUUUUACUGAAUCUUUCUAAGCCAGUAGGACAACAGAAGCCCAAACCUUUUCGAUUUGAACCUAUGUGGUGUCUUGACUUCACCUUUGCAAAUGUCUUAAACUCGGAAUGGUCUAAGUCUGGAAAGCCAUUUUUUGAAAAACUGAAAGAUCUUUCUCCUGUUUUGGAUAGCUGGAAUAAAAAUUUUCCAAGAUGGGUGCUUUUAAAGCACCGGGGCCACUCUUUUUUCUAUAAGAAAUUCUGGGAAACUAUCAGAGGUGACCUAGUUCCCUUCAUUCAAUCCAUUUUUAGAAAGCUUGAGGUACCGAAUGAUAUAAACGAGACCUUAAUUGCCAUCAUCCCAAAGCAUGAGGACCCAUCUCUUAUCUCCCAAUUCCGCCCAAUUAGCCUUUGUAACACAGUGUACAAAAUCAUUACUAAGGUAAUUUCCAAUAGACUCCGCUCUUCUCUUCCGAAAAGAAUUUCUCCCAAUCAGAAUAGUUUUCUCCCUGGAAGGGGUACUGAGACUAAUGUGAUUAUUGCUAAUGAGGUACUUCAUUCCAUGAGGGCUAGAAAAGGAAGGAGAGGAUGGUUUAUGAUAAAGUUGGAUCUUGAGAAAGCUUAUGAUAAGCUUGAAUGGAGUUUUAUCAGGAGUUCUUUGAUGCUUUAUGGAUUAGAUGAGUCAUCUGUUAAGAUCAUUAUGAGUUGUAUCACUUCUGUGUCCUCCUCGAUUUUAGUGAAUGGGAUCCCAACUGAUUCUUUCUCUCCCUCUAGAGGGAUUAGGCAAGGAGACCCCCUUUCCCCCUAUAUUUUUAUAAUCUGUAUGGAAGUGCUUUCUCACAUGAUCCACCUUGCGGUUCAAGACAUUAAAUGGACUCCCUUUAAGAUGGGUAGAAGGAGGGUGCCCGUUUCUCAUUUACUCUUUGCUGAUGAUAUCCUUUUAGUAGGUGAAGUUAGCAAUGAUAAUACUCAGACUCUCCUAGGUAUCCUUGAGGAUUUCUUUCAUUUGUCUGGUCAAUCUAUAAGUGUUGAGAAGAGCAGAGUCCUGUUUUCCAAAAAUACUCCAACUCUUGACUGUGAAAUGUUUUGUAAUUCUCUCUCAAUUAAGGAAGCUGCAGAUCUGAAUCCCUAUCUUGGUUUCCCUAUCUCAGGUACUAGACCCACUAGAUCCUCUGUAAAUUUCAUUAUGACCAAAAUCGUAGGCAAAUUAGCUUCCUGGAAAACAAAUUUCUUAUCUAAAGCAGGGAGGCUUUGCCUAAUAUCCUCAGUUAUUAACACCAUGCCUAGCUACUACUUCCAAUGCCUUAUGCUUCCUAAAGCAGUUCUUAAAGAAAUAAAUAGUACUAUGGCAAGAUUCUUGUGGGGAAAGGGUAAAGACCAGAGGGGGAUUCAUCUUAUCAACUGGGAUAAGAUCUCAAGUCCUAAAGAUGAAGGGGGGUUAGGUAUAAGGUGGGUUAGAGCUCUCAAUAAGGCUUUCGUUCUAAAAUUGUGGUGGAGAAUGGUUCAUCAGGAAGAAAAUUUUGCGGUAAAGGUCCUAAGAGAUAAAUACUCAAAAUCCAAUGGCAUGUUCAGGUCCUUUUCAUAUGGUUCCCACUUAUGGAAAGCAAUGGGUAGGGUGUGGGAGUGCUUCAAGGAGAGUAUAGCUUGGGGUGUGGGGAAUGGGAAAUCGAUUAAUCUUUGGGGUGAUAAAUGGAUAGGAGACCUCUCCCUUAGGCAGCUUAUAAGUGGACCGCUCAAUGUAGGGGAGGAAACUCUGUCCCUUGAUCAAGUCUUGAAUAGUGGGGAGUGGAACUUCUCCAUUAUCUCCUUUGAGAUUCCGAGUUGUAUUUCUAACCUUUGUCGGGCAGUUUCCUUUCCUAGGGCAAGUAGCAUUAAUGAGGAUUUUGUGUAUUCCACCUUCUCUAUUCAGGGGAAAUUUGAUUUCAAAAAGGUGUUGGGUAUUUGCAAAAAGAGUAACCCUCCUCAUCCAGACCCGAAGACUCUUUUUGUUAGACAUAUGAUAGAUUCUGAUGUUUGCAUGUGUUGUCAAAAUGUCACUGAGGAUUCAAUUCACAUCCUUAGAGACUGCCCUAAAGCUAGGGAAGUUUGGGAGCGCUUUGGUAUUUCGACCAACUUUUUUACCACCCCCUUGCAUCAAUGGCUUCAAUCAAACCUUACCCAUCCGCCACCACCCCCUCACAAUCAAAUUACCCUUCCAUGGAGAACUCUCUUCCCAUCCAUCAUAUGGACGCUGUGGAAGAGAAGAAACUCCAUUAUUUUCCAACAAUCUCAACCCACUGUGGAGAGUUGUGUUCUGGAAGCUCAAGCUUUAGCUUGGGAAUUGCACACUUCCAGAAUUACACUCCCCUCCACCUCUCACCCAUCUGUUUCAGUCCCACGGUGGUCCCCCCCUCCCUUACAUUUCCUUAUGCUUAAUUGUGAUACGUCUUUUAUCAAUAUUGGUGAAAUAUGUAGCGUUGCAGGAGUCUUUAGGGAUCAUUUGGGAGAAUGGAUCUUGGGUUUCCAACAACAAUGUCGGCUGCAAUCUGCACUUAUGGGAGAGUUAUUUGCAAUCUGCACAGGGCUGAAAAUCAGUAAAGAAAGAGGAUGGUCGAAAGUGUUCAUAAGUACAGAUUCACAGCAAGCCUUACAACGCUUAGGUGAUUCUCAAGUAGUCGAUGCUAAUCUCCAUUUAACUAAUCAAUGCAGGGACCUCUUGCGGGACCUUCCGGAUGUUGAAGUGGUCUUUGCUCCAAGAAGCACUAACAAAGUGGCAGAUAGGUUGGCGAAAAUGUGUCGCACGGAUGUAAUAGAUAGGCCUAAUCUAGUGUAUUUUGAACACCCUCCGGGGUACGUUAUGGAUGUAAUUUUGUAG